GACUUUUCAAAAAGCAAUGAAAAAGAAUGGGAGAGAGCUCAGAGACCAUUGAUAGAAACUUUUAUAUAAUACCAGAGAAUUUCCGCUGAAGUUUAUUGCAAACUAAACAUAAAUGUCUAUAAUAUAUUUAGGUACACUAACUAGUUAAACACAUUUAUUUGGGCCGCCGCUACCUAUUGUGUGCAAUGCACGAAGGCGGCCAAGUGUAUGGGGCGACCAUAUCAUUAUUCCAAGACUGACAUCCUUGUAAUUGUGUUGCAGUAAAGAUGAAGAAUAAAAGAAAAAAAAACAAUGCAAUUAAAAAGAAAUCAGAGGAGAAAAUAAAGAGAAUCACACUUCUUCAGAAUUUCAAUCCAGAUAAAGACGUCUUAAGUGAAAGCAAACUCAUUCUCUCUUCAGAUGACCAGGAGAAAUAUUUUUCAACUGUCAAAGAAAAUUUUAAUGCUAAAACUGAGGACGAGGAAACCAAGAUCAAUGAUCUGUUCUGCUGCUGUACAAAUAGAAACAGUGUUAGUCCUAAAGAGGAUCCCAUAAAGGAUGAGCCGAAAGAAACAAAGGUUCCCAUAAAGGACGAGCCGAAAGAAACAAAGGAUCCCAUAAAGGACGACCCGAAAGAAACAAAGGUUCCCAUAAAGGACGAGCAGAAAGAAACAAAGGUUCCCAUAAAGAACGAGCAGAAAGAAACAAAGGUUCCCAUAAAGGAUGAGCCGAAAGAAACAAAGGUUCCCAUAAAGGAUGAGCCGAAAGAAACAAAGGAUCCCUUAAAUGAUGAGCCAAAAGAAACAAAGCUUAUCGUUACGUUGAUUGGUUCUAUAAACGAAGAUUUUUGCAGUCAACAAGACAUCUAUAAUAUUCGAGAUUUUCUUUCCAUGCUAAUUGAACUUCUAAUUAAAAAUAAUUGUUGGCUUAUCGUACCAGAAGGAAACAAUCUAACUUUACUACGUCUUAUCGAAAGUAUACUAGACAGCAAUACAUCAGAGCACAGAAAAGCUGUGAUUACAGAUUUACCAAAACAGCAAGGGAUAAACAACUACAAUGCUCAUUUCCUUGAUGAAAAAAGUAGAGCGAACCUGACAACACAAGAAUGUGUAAUACUUUGUAACGGCUCCAUCUUGUCUAAAAUAGACAUUGCAAGUUUAAAAGAAAAUGCUGUCGUUGUGUUAAAGGCGUCGGGAGGAUUAGCAGAUAUAAUAGCAGAACUACAACAAACUACAUCCCCUACAAAGGAAGAGUUAAUUGUUAGCAACAAAAACGAAGCAAAGUCGCUAUUAAACGUCGACGAUGUAAAAAACAUUUUGGAACAAAUACAGAAAUACGUCGUCUUUGACCUAACAAACAAUGUUGGAAAAAAAUUCAUUGGUCAAGCAUUGCUAAAAGCUGUGAUAACAAAAAAAGAAAGAAACGAAUUACAAGACGAAAUGAACUUUCUUCAACUGUGCAUAACACUAAAUCAAUUAGAUGUAGCUGUGCAAUUAGGAGGACUUUGGAAAAUAGCAAAAAAGGAACAGUCAACAGAUAAAGCAACAGAUAAAACAAAAGAUAAAACAACAACUAAAACAACAGAUAAAACAACAGAUAAAACAGCAGAUAAAACAACAGAUAAAACAGCAGAUAAAACAACAGAUAAAACAACAGAUAAAACAACAGAUAAAACAACAGAUGAAACAACAGAUAAAACAACAGAUAAAACAACAGAUAAAACAGCAGAUAAAACAACAGAUAAAAUAACAGAUAAAACAGCAGAUAAAACAGCAGAUAAAACAGCAGAUAAAACAACAAAUAAAACAACAGAUAAAACAACAGAUAAAACAGCAGAUAAAACAACAGAUAAAACAACAGAUAAAACAACAGAUAAAACAACAGAUAAAACAGCAGAUAAAACAACAGAUAAAAUAACAGAUAAAACAACAGAUGAAACAACAGAUGAAACAACAGAUAAAACAACAGAUAAAACAACAGAUGAAACAACAGAUAAAACAACAGAUAAAACAACAGAUAAAACAACAGAUGAAACAACAGAUAAAACAACAGAUAAAACAACAGAUGAAAAAACAGAUGAAACGAAACAAAUUGUUCGAACUAUUGUAAACAAAGAGCGUUACGACUUCUUGAAGUAUCUUUUACAGCAAGGAUUGAAGCUAAACACGUGCUUAGAAACAAGCGAUAUUCCUCCUAAAAGAAGUCCGUAUCACAAAAAGUCCAUAAAUAGUUUGGAAAGUUCAAGUUUAUCCUACAGACAAAAGAUGGAAGAUCGUUUGUACACCAAGUAUCUAAAGAAUCGAAAUGAUGUAUCAAAUAAAAGAAAGAAAAAGGAAACAGAAACAAAGAAAGAAUUAACUGAGGAUCAAAAAAGGAAAGAAAAACAAAUACAAGAAAAAGAAGAACAGGACGAGAAGGUGAACGAUCUCUUUAUACAAGCAAUCUUUAACGAAAGUUUCGAGAUAGCAGAAUUAAUUUGGAGAGUUUUAGAGCGUCCUACAGUAGCUGCUUUGUACGCCAUUGAAAUUCUAAACCAACUGAAAGAUAUUGCCGACAAAGAUGAUGAUAAACACAUGAAGAAAUACGAGACCGAGAUUGGGAAUUACGAAGAAAGGGCUAUAAAAACUUUAAAUCUAACGUACGACAAAUAUCCAGAAAAAACGUACGAUUUGCUUACAAAUAAAUUUAAAACUUGGAGAGCUUCUAGUUGUCUCAUGCUGGCCAUGAAAAAUAACCUUGGAAAUUUUUUAACUCAAGCACCAUGUCAGAUGUAUAGUAAAGAAGUGUGGAGAUAUGGGCAAAUACCUGAAAAAAACUUAACGAAUAAGGAAGGUACUAUGACACCUUCAAUGAAAUACAACAAAGUGUACGAAGAAUCUAGCUAUAAAAAUUGAAAAAGCAGGAUUCGAGCAUACUUAUCUCCGUCCAUUCUGGUAUUAUUUAGAUUUUGUAGCCACAUCAUAUUUCUGGUCCUUUUUGCAAUGUGGAUUGUAUCAGUACUGACUGUAGAUACAUUAACUUGGAUCGAAUGGCUAAUUUGUACAUAUAUUGUUUGUUAUGCUAUUGAGUUUGGAAACCAGUGCAAACAAAAUGAGAUGAGACAUAGAUGGUCAUGUUGGAGAACCUUUGAUUACUUAGAGCCUGUUGCAAUCAGUUUGUUUGUUAUCGCUUGGAUUGUUCGUAUGGUGGCUUACGGAUAUGAAGAUGACACAGAGUGGAUGGAAUGGGCCAGGGUGCUUCUGAGUAUUGACUUUGUGCUGUUUUGCAUUAUAACAUUAGAAUUUUGUUACACCAACAGUUUUUUAGGCCCAAAGCUGAUCAUUAUAAUAAAAAUGGUCAACAUUUUGUUUCAUUUUUUGCUGAUCACUUUGGCUUUUUUCGCUUCAUUCGCUGUGGCAUCUCAAGCAGUGCUCUAUCCGAACUCAGAAAUGAAUCCAUUGCUCAUUUUCCACAUAUUGAAGAGACCAUUUUGGUCUUUAUUUGGUGAUUUCUCUAUAAAUGAUAUUGAUACAGAUGUUAAAGAGUGUACAACAGACAGUGCUAUCUACGAUUCAUACACAGAGCUUCGAUGUCCUUCAAAAUCUGGAACCUAUUUAGUUCCAGCGUUGAUGGGGAUCUACGUCAUUAUUGUUGACAUUCUGUUAUUCAACUUACUAAUUGCUCUCU